GCCUUUCUGUUACCCUCGGACUGGUUUGAUGAUGACCAAAAUGAUUUUGGAAUUCACGAUUUAAGAGAUAAUGGGGGAGUGUGGACUUAAGGAAGUGGCAAAUAACUCAAUAAUAUUUGUACAUCAGCAGUAUCUUUCGAUUAGAAAUAACAACACGACGCACAGUAGGCUGACAACGUUAAGUGCAGAGUGACUUCUGUUAAAAGUUAGAAGUAACAAAGUCUACAUUUGGUUUCACAUCCUUAUCUAUUUACGGCCGCAGAGAAACACAACGGAUGUUCAUACUACAGACUUAUCAAUUGUUUCAAGAAGAAGUUUAGAAAAGGAUAUAGUUAUUAAAUUAUAAGUGGUAGCAAUGCAACGAGACUGCAAUAUAUAAAAUUAACCGCAUUAAUCAGGUUUUUAAAUGAAGAGCAGCGACUAAAUUUAGACAAGAUAAAAAGGAACGAAACAACAAUCAUAAUCAUUUAUACUGAUUGUCUGGCAAUUAGCAGAUUCACCGAUAGUCAUCAGUCCUAAUCGAUAGUCUUAUUACGGAUUAAUAAGAAACUGUGUAAUUUGCGCAAAGCGCCACUAAAGGAUACAGUAAAACAAGGGUGAUAUAUAAGACUUAUAGGCAAUAUCGAACAUAAAUAAUUUUUAUUGACUUGACACAUAGAUGAGACAUUGCCAAAGAUGAAUGAUACUUUGAAUAGUAGUAACGCUGAUACGAUAAUUAACAAUCGGACAGAGACACUAGAGCAGCUGAACGACCGGUAUGCCGAGGCACUAUUGCCACUUACCGUUACAUUCGGUUUCUUUACGCUGUUUGGAAUUUUCGGUAAUCUUAUCAUCCUUUUGGUGUUUACGCUCAGUCGAGACUACAAGCGAAAUAACUUUAAGGUGUUUGUACUAACGUUAGGGGUGAUUGAUAUAAUCACGUGCUGUACCCUAAUACCGGCGGAAAUGGUAAAACAAAGAAAGUAUUUUGCAUUUGGGGAUGAAGUUUCCUGUAAAGUAAAAUGUUUCUUUAAUGUUUUUGUUUCAACUGCAUCAUGUCUUGCUUUGUUAGUAAUUUCAGUGGACAGGUAUCGAAAAGUGGUUCAGCCAUUCAAGAAACAAUUAAAUCCGAAACUAGCUGUCCGAUUACUAUUUCUAGUGGCGUUUAUUUUUCCACUUUUCUUGGCCAUUCCUGGAACAAUGAUGUGUGGAAUAAAACGUGCGACUAUGACCAAUAUCUACGGAGGUGAAACGGAAAUAAAUUUAUGCGAAACUGAGGAUAAAUACAGAGAUUCAAUAUGGAGGAAACUAUAUAAAAUUGUGUUCAUAAUCUUGCUUAUAGGUAUUUCAUGCACUUAUGUAAUAUUGUAUGCGUUUGUAAUGAAAGAGGCAACAAAACAAAUUAGAGCAAUUGCCCAAUUACGGAAAAAUUCGACGUACGAGGUGACGUAUAGUUCUGACAUAUAUGAUCCAAACGCUAUAAAUCCAAAAAUCAACGGCAGCCGGUCAUUUGAAGAAAACGACGAAGAACAAGACGAAAAAGUUGCAUUCCAAAAGCGCUCAAUUUCCUUUGAAAACGGCUCGUUGAAUCUAAAGGACGCCAAGAAGAAGAAAGUUUCCAAACAACUGAGCUUAAGGAGCAUGCGGAGUCAAGCUCAAAUGUUACGAACCCAAAGAUUUCCCACAAAGACAUUAGUUUGGUUCGUACUAACUAUUGUAUUUAUAAUAACGUACAUGACACAUCUGGUCCUCGCGCUUAAAGUGUCGGACAUCGUUUACAUGAGUCCCAGUGAAUUCUCAUGGUUUUCAUUUUUCUUCAGAUUUUAUUUCUUCAACCACAUGAUAAAUCCUAUAGUAUACGCAGUAUUUGUAAAGAAAUUCAGAGAAUCCUGUCGGAUAUUAUUACCAACAUUGAUAGACAGAAUUCGUAACGUUUGUAUAUGUCAUUAAUACCAUUUGUGAGAGAUUAAGCUGACAGUACGUUACAUCAGCACGUUUGAAUUAUAAUGUUCCGCCAGUUUUGUCGGCCAAAGAGCAAGAUUCGUUUCCGUUAUUCCAUUAUUGUAAAACGGUAUUAUGUGUUAUAUCAAAAUAAAGAAAAUUGUUUACGUUAUUUCAGUUUUGUAUGAUACAUAUGUACUGUUUUCCAUGGGAGAAAAAGUGUUACAAGCAGUAUUGUGUAUGAUUUAACUUGUUUAAUUGUUUAUACACCGUACGGCA